AUGCUUCCACUUCUUCCCCUGCUACCUUUCUUUCUCUCUUGGGUCGCGCAAGCUGAUGCGCAAACGUGUUAUGACGAGUUUGAUUGGACGAGUAUCACUCCUUCCACCCAACUCAACUGGACGUCGUGCUACGCCUCCGUUGCCAGCAUCUACCAGUGUGCACGUUUAGAAGUUCCUCUUGACUGGUACAAUGUAUCGAACACCAAUGCGACGGCAGCCAUCGCAUUAAUCAGGAUACCUUCGCCGUACGGCUUGAAUGGGUCGGAUGCUUACCGUGGGCCCUUGCUCUUCAACCCAGGAGGUCCCGGUCAGAGUGGCGUCGAGACUCUCCUAACAGAGACUGCCCAACAGCUCCUAGAGCGCGUUGGUGACGUCUAUGACCUGGUUAGCUUUGAUCCUCGCGGUGUCGGGCGGUCGACGCCACAAGCCCAGCGCAUACCAUCACAACUACAGGCUGCUAUCUGGGGAGAGGAAACACUCUUCGGCGCUCUGCCCCCGCUCAGCAUUCCUGGCAAUGUCGGCCUGACGCUAGCAAAGGCGGAGGUUAGCAACGCGGUCUACGGCCAGACUGGCGCGAACUACCUGCCCUUCAUCAACACGCCAUAUACAGCGGAGGAUAUGAUGCAGAUCGUCCGGGCUCACGGGCGAGAUAAGCUGAGCUACUACGGUGUCUCCUAUGGGACUGUGCUCGGUGCGACGGUCGCGUCUCUAUAUCCCGACAAGAUUGAGCGUAUGGUUCUGGAUGGUGUUGCUGAUGCACAAGCAUACUACGCAGGCAACGUGACGGUCAACCUUCUCGAUACUGAUAAGGCAGUCGACGUCUUCUUCCAGGCUUGCUACGAGGCGGGACCAGAACUGUGCGCGUUCUACGACUCAUCUGCGGAGCAGAUAUCCGCAAAUCUCGACGCCCUUUAUGAGCAGUUGAAGGUAGCCCCCAUUCCUGCCCUCGUAAACGAAGCAUCCUUCGGCGUCGUCGAUUACGGGAUGUUGAGGGACCUCAUCCGCAACGUCGUGUACACUCCGUACCAACUUUUCCCGAUUCUCGCGCAGGGUCUCGCUCUUCUUCAACAAGGGAACGCCACCGCAUUCUUCGAGUUCGCUAGCACGACGAGCAGCUUCUCUUGCGACUGCGCUAAGUCGACAAACCCUGAGAAUACUAUCGACGCUCUGCUUACCGUGGCCUGCAACGACUCACCGGUGCAAAACUACACUGUGUCAGAAUGGCAGAGUCGGUACGACGCCGCCACGGACGUCAGCGAAUAUGCCGAUGUCUACUUCGGUCUAUCUAUGCGUUGCCAGUCUUGGCCGGUAGCCACUGCCAAUCGGGUCCCAUCACCCAGCUCUAUCGGUGGCAAUACUAGCGUGCCGAUCCUAUUCGUUGGCAAUACCAUCGACCCUGCAACGCCGCAUGCUGGAGCGGUCGCUACGUCUGCACUCUUUCCCGGGUCGGCACUCUUGACGCAGAACUCCACUGGCCACAUCUCCAUGUCUGCAACGUCUAACUGUACCACAUCCGUUGUAGCCAAGUAUUUUGUCGAUGCAUCACUGCCGAAAGACGGUGUUGUUUGCCAGGUGGAAGGCGAGUUCUUCCCCGCCGACACCUCGGCUUGA